GAUUGCGAAGCGCUGUGUAAAACGGCUAAGGUCCAUGGGCGGAGGAUGUCUGAGAAAGCUGUUUUCUGCACAAUACUUUCCCAUUGCAGAUAUGGAUCGUCGCUUUCACUUGUCUCCAUUCUCUCCUCUAAAUUUCCACAGUCGCUUUUUCGACGAUUUCGACUUUGAUCGCGGCUUUAGCAGACCAUAUUGGCACGAUCAAUCGAUGUUGACAGGACACAAGAUCGGCGAGGGCGUUGAUGUUAUCGACAAUGACAAAGAGUACGCAGUUUCUGUCGAUGUGUCGCAAUUCGAGCCGGAAGAAUUG